AUCGCAAGCACUGGCCUCACUUAUUUCAUUCCACAGUAGCCGGAAACCUGAAGUGAAGUUUCAGUCUGCCUCAGUACCGUAACGACAGUCGAAGAGUGAACAUUUAAUACGUCUUUCGAUCUCCAAUUUAAUCUCGUACAAAACAAAAACAAGUGGCUAUAAUCAAAGGAAAAGUAUCCAAGGCAACUUUGAGCAUACCAGUACUCACGUAAAUACGUGGUUAAGCAAGAAAGCAAGAAGAUAUCAUCGUUCGUUUAAAUAAGUUGACGAAUACUCCAGAAAAAACGAAGCACCCAAGUACUGAUGUGGAGGGUAUGGCGACCAAAAAGCUUAGUAUGAUCGACUACGCGGACGAACAAACGAGCAGCGAAGAAGAAGACGACAUGAUGGUCGACCCGCAAGCACAAGAAUUUAUUGCGCAGCAACAUCGAAUGCGACCUGGUAGACCACGACAAUCAAGUUUCGACAAAUCCAAUUCCUCGGUGGACACAAACACAGCCGUCUCUAGAGCACCAGUGCGACGAAAAGGUCGCGGUCCUUCAAAAAGACCAUGUCUCAACAGAAAUGCGUUGAUGGCGCGAGAAAAUAGGCAGCGCAAGAAGGAAUAUAUCGAGCGAAUUGAGACUAAACUGCAGAACUACCAGGCGGAGAAUCAAGAGCUCACGAAUACCAUCCAAAAACAGAGCGUCGAAAUAAAAAGGCUCGGCAAGGAGGUCACCUACCUCAAGGGAGUUCUCAAAAAUCAAACGAUGAUUACAACUUUACUCAAGGCCAUGAACAAUGGACUUAGACGAAUGCAUGAGACUGGUUCACAAGGCGCAGCACAGCAGCUGACGCCAAAUACCAAUAGUACAGUCUCUGGUAAUAAUGGUAUUAAUACAGCUUCGUCGGACGUACUUAAUUGGGUUAUCAGUGGACAAACCAAUUCAUCAAAGAAAAACAAUAUGCCUAUGCCUUUCUCAGGGACGACAGUAAUGAGGAACAACAUGGAAGUAUGUAAAGAUGACUCCAGGAGAUUAAGUUAUGCACAACAGACAACAAAUAACCCAGUAAAAAUAGCCAGAAAAACAAUGCCAUUUACAACACAGAAUGUGAUAAAAACAGAAGAUCCACCUAGUGUUGAAAGCUUGUUUGAAGAUGAAGAUCAUAAGAACGUACAGACAUUCUCACCGCAAUCAGGUAGUUUUUGUGAGUAUUUCAAAUAUGGAGGUUCAAUGGGGCAUAAUAUUCAACAACCUACAACACCAAUAAGUGCAUUGUCCAAUUCUGUGGACAAAGCAGAAGUAAGCCUAUCCAACACGGAUCUCAGUCAUCUGUCACCAUUGAGUGUUGAUAAUUUAUUUGAUAACAUUGUUGACAAUGUUAAUCCAUUGCAAUUUGAGCAGGGAGACUUGUUUAGCGAAGAAACGCUGUUUCAUUCAUUAGACAAGGAACCAAGCGCCCCGGCAAACAACCUCAUUAAUCCAUUGGAGAUUAACGAAAUGUCCAAGACUAUUAAUGAAAAAGAAAGUAGCCUAUUUGAUAGUAUCGAUAACGCCGGCGUUUGUCUCCACAUUAACUCCACCAGAGUUUCAUUGGAGUACUGCUCUAUUUGCCACUUUAACAGCUUAAAUUCGGAUAUUGCAUAAAAAUAAAAAAUGCUAUGGCGACGAAGAUUAUUUAUGAAGCUCAAGGACAGGUAGAAGUCCAAUACAGAGCUGGGUGAUGAUACAAAUGAUCAACACUAGGAUGUACCAUAUAUCUAAAUACAUAUUAUAUUAUUUAUUUAUUAACAUAUUUACGGUCUGUAUAAUGCAAACGUAUCUGGUGGAUCACUUAUAAGCAAGUUUUUAUUUAUCAGUUGAAAAAUUUAUUCUUUGAAAGGUGGAUUUAUCAUAAGCAACGUAAGAUGAUCGCGCUUUUUGUUUACCGCUUUUUUUACUAUAUUUUAUCAAUCUCAUUUCAUAGAAAAAUUAAUAUUCAAACUUUGUAAAUUGAAUAUUCGAGUAUAAGUGUUGAAAAAAGUUAGUUUGAAUAAGUAUGAUUAUUUCAUAAUAGUCUGUAUAAAUUCACCAGUUUCAUUAUUCAUAAUAUCAUGAAUAAUGUUUUGUAUAUACAUGCUUAAUUUUAUUCAUACAACAAAUUUGAACGUUACUCUAUCUGUUCAAUAUUUUAACCUCAAUUACAAAUAUUUUUUGUUGUUUUUAGUGAUAAGAGAUGUACUAAACGUAUCUUACAUGUAAAGUAAUGAACUAUGUUAUUAAUAAGAUUUUAGGCUAACUCACUUUUGUAAAACUCUUCCAAGAUUAAAGGAAUACUUCACUUUUUACAGGACUGCAGCUUGGCAUACUAUAAGAUGUGGCAGUUGGAUAAUUAUAAGAAAGUUAAAGUCAAUAGUUGGACAUUUAUUCAGAACCAAUGCCUACUAAUGUAAGCAGAUAUAUGAACACUAUGCAGGUUGAGUAUAUAAAGUAUCGUCUCCAACUGUAAUAGUUAUAAGAUGUUUAAAAUUGAACUGCCACCAGUAAGAAUAUAGGAUGUAUAUUUUUAUUCAAUUAUUAUUGAGUAGACUGAAGCAUAUGCCAAGCUCAUUAAUUAUUUUUGGCCCAAUUUUCUGGGCCUUUAUAUGACUAAGAAAUAUUCACUCUUUAAAUGAAGUUUCAGCUGCCUUGGAAAAAUAGGUCAACUAUGGACUAUUUGGAGCCAUCCUUAGAUAUUUUUCUAGCUGCUGAUCAACCUUAAAACCAGAAUUUAUCUUCCAAUUUUGGAUGGUUGUUAAAAUUAAGAGAAAUUUUUGUCUACGGCUGUUUGUCGUACAUUUCCUGUUUGACUUAUAAAAGUAUUUUCCAGGUCUUGGAAGAGUUAAUUAGAAGUCAACAUUAUGUUGCAAGUGUAAGACUCAGAAUAUAUGCAACUACAUUUUUAGUGUAUAUAUUUAAACAGAUGUUUUAAAGAUUCAUGCAUUUUUUCUAUUUCACUCCAGAAACAGAUAGAUUUGAAGGAGUUUUUGUUACGUUGGUAUUAUGUUGCAUAUAUAGAUAAAUAAAAAAGUACAAUAUUAAAAAAAAAUAAAUUCGUGUUGGGCAAAAACAAAUGACUAAGAUAUUUAAAAAAUGUCUGAAUUUUGUGAUAAUAAAAAUAACGUUAAA